AUAAAGGUUGGCUAAAAUUAAAAAUAAAAAUUUAGCUAAAGAUGAUUAUGUUAUUACAAAUAUACCCCUAGUAAACUGUUUUAUUUCCAAAAAGAGAUGUCUUUAUUUCUUAAUAAAUAACAUAAUCUAAAUUUCCUCCUUGUAUUUGGAGCAACUCUAACAGUUCUCUCUCUGUGGCGCCAUCUUCAGAAAAAAAAAAACAAAACUUUAAAUCAGGUAAGCUUCAAAUAUCCCUAAUCAUCCAACAUCUACUCUUCCGUUUGGUUCUCGAGAAAAUAGAGAGAACAAGAAAUUUUAUAGGAUGGAAUCUAACAAGUAUGAGCUCUUUCUCUAUCUUGCUGAGUGUGCCUAGCGAAAAUAUCUUAAAUUGUUUCGAAAUAGUGAUAACAAAGAAAGAGAAGGAGAGGGAUGAAGUUCAAGGCAUUUCUCACAGAGAAUGGGGUAAGUUUGUUAGAAAGGAGGUUCCUACCUGCCUUGGAUAAAAUGGGGAAGGUAUGCCACCUUCUCUUAACCAGAGACCACGCAAUCUUCCUUCACAACCUUCUCAGUGGAGAUGGAGUUCAAUCCAUUGCUCAAUUUUGCAAAGAGGCUCUCUUUGAUGAUUAUCGCAUUUCCAGCCAGAAUGAGGACCGUAUUGCUUUUUCCAUUGACAUUUCUCUUCUCCAACGUGCUGUCCGAAGCAGUGUAAGUAUUUGCAAUGAGUUUGGUGCCGGUGGACUUGCUGCAAACCGUCUGCAGAUCAAAUUAGUGAAGAAGCUGCCACCAAAUUGUACUCAGCCAAUGCCUUUUCUUACUUUUGAAACUAAGGGAUAUAAAUCAGCAGUUAUUCAGGAUGUACCAAUAUCAAAACCAUUAUCUAGAGCUCAGGUUUUGGAACUUCAAAUGGCUCUUGAUAAUGCCCAGGAUCUGCCUCAGACUCUGGUUCAAGUUCCAGAUUUCAAUCAGUUGCAGAAUUAUGUGGACAGGAUGAAGCACAUUGGUGAUUUGCUAAAUGUCUCUAUAAGCAAGUACGGUGAUCUUCAUAUGCAAAUUUCUACAACUUUAAUUACACUUGGGGCUGAAUUUCGUAAACUGUUGGUGAUAGGAGACAAAGCCCAAGCUCCAGCUGAGGAUCAGAAUGUAAGUGCUCAGACAAGGUCAGAGAGGGCAGUUUCAAGGGGAGAUGCUCAGUCUGUGCAAGUGAGUGUUAGGCACUUCUCCAAGAGUCUUCAAUGUCACCUGGCCAAGCCAGAUUGUGCUUUCUAUGGGAUUGUUGCCCAGGGUGCUUGCUUGACAGUGAUAUUCCAAUUCUUCAUUCCUGGAACACGCCAAAUGGAUAAGUCUAUCAGUCUACAUUGCAGGCUUCCUGUGCUUGACCCAGGAUCGAACUGAAGGAAGGUUGAUUAACCACCUGUGUCUAGCUUUGGAAUAUGAUGGUCAUUUAUAUAGACUCCGACUUGAGCAGUUAGAAUUAUUUCAAGAUUGUGAAGGAACUUAAAUGCAAAUAUUACAUUCCAAAAUGGGGUUUCUGGGACUAGCAGUAACUUUUUAGUAUGAAAUGUCCCUCCCUUAUCAUGUCCAGUAUCCAAAGUGGUAAGUGAUGUCAACUUAAUUUGUAUUAAGCAAUUUUUAGUAAAAUGAUAGAUUUCUUUUA